AUGUUAAGGUUUGCCGAACUUCUUCCCCUCAUUCAACUAUGCAAUGCCGUGUAUGUUAUUCAAGAUGCCUAUACGCCGUCGAAUUUCUUUGACAUGUUUGAUUUCUUCACCGGACCGGAUCCGACACAAGGCUUCGUCAAAUUCGUUGAUCAAACAACAGCCCUUUCGGCGGGCAUGAUUUCGCAAGAUAACACUUCUGUGAGAUUCGGUGUUGAUUUUAAGACCAUGAACCCUGAAGGCGGCCGAUCUAGCAUCCGUUUGGAGUCUAAAAACACAUACAAUCAAGGCUUGAUUAUCCUAGAUCUUGCUCAUAUGCCUGGUGGUAUAUGUGGUACCUGGCCGGCAUUCUGGACCAUUGGGCCUGAGUGGCCAAGUAACGGUGAGAUCGACAUUCUAGAAGGUGUAAACUCGCAGGUAGCAGAUGCAAUGACUCUACACACUGGUCCGGGCUGUAGCAUCAAUAGCUCUGGCAAUGAACGAUUUACAGGUUCGGUCAAGACAAGUAAUUGCGACGUCCAGGCACCUGGUCAAGGUGCUAACGUGGGUUGUGGUAUCGUUACGAAUGACACGACCACCUACGGGGAUGGCUUCAAUGAUAUUGGUGGUGGAGUAUAUGCGACGGAGUGGACAGCGGACACGAUUAGCAUAUACCAUUUUGCUCGAGCCAACGUACCAGCCGAUAUAAGCUCUGGUGCUCCUACUCCGUCAAGUUGGGGCGAGCCGCUUGCAGUGUUUAGUGGUUGUAAUUUCCAGGAAGCAGUGAAGAACCAAACUAUCAUCUUUGACACGACAUUUUGCGGACAAUGGGCUGGGCAGGAUUCGGUUUGGAGAGCUGAUCCUGUAUGCUCUCAAAAGGCUGCCACAUGCCAAGAGUUUGUUUCGAACAACCCUACGGAUUUUGCAAACGCAUAUUGGGAAGUCAACUCUCUCAAGAUUUACAGGCAGCAAGAUACCGGGUAUAUUGGCCAAUCGCCCAUUCCAACACCUCAGCCAUCUCCGGCUGAAAGUUCGUCGUCCGAUAUAGCAACACUCGCGCCUACAGAAUCAACCGGAAUCCCUUUGAUUGUCUCUACCAUGAACACUUUCUCAACUAUGGUCCAAAAGCACUGCUCUUGUCACUAUUGA